GUGACACCCUGGACAUGCAUUUGCAGGAAAUUAAGAAUGUUCUGAAGAAAAUCUAGAACCAUACUUCAAUUGGGAUAGCCUCAAACAUCUGCAUGAAAGAGUGCCGUGUUGAUGAAAAUGUAUGUAUGAACUUUGUGCUCCUAUGAGAGUGAUAUUUUAUUUCUUUUCUUGGUGUAACUUGUAAGUAUGGAUAACUAACUCCCUAGUAUCGGGGGAUUUCAUAGAAGGACGGUGAUAGAUUGCUUUGAAAAUGAAGAUAUGAUAGAGCGUAGACAGUUAUCACCAUGACACCUUCACCUUGUUACUAAUGUAAGUAUGGAUAGCUUUAUUCUUCACUACCAUAUAUCUACAACAACUGAAUAUUCAAGAAUAAUAAACAUCAUUCCACCAUGCCAACCCACAGUCUCCUUGUUAGUCUACCCCCAGGCUACCAACAACACACAUUCAGCAAUCUUGAAGCCCUCGAAAAGACAGCCCAAGAAGUCCUCGACAACCUCAACACCACCGACAACGGAAACCAAUAUAUCGCCAUCACCAACCUCCCAAACCACGCCCAAUCACCUAGCAGGCGACACCGACAUCGCCAGACUGAAAGGCAUCCCCUACCGCUUCUCCUGCGAGGGAACAACCGGGCUGCUCAAGAUCAUCCCAUCAUACGAACACGCAAGCCUCGUCGGUGCAUUCAGCACAAAGCUGACACUCAUGUUCGCCCGCAUGGGCGUUCCAGAAACCGAGAUCGUCUGGGGUAGGGCGACUAGACAUCCACCAUCGCCGAGGAUCACAGAUACACUCAAAGAGCCAGACGAGUGUUUCUUUCCGAGUACGCGCCGUUUGCCGGGAGGACAUAAGUGGCCUACGCUGGUGCUCGAGGUUGAAGUGGUUGGUUCUCUCCCUCGUUUGUGUGAGGAGCUGAGAUAUUGUACGAGGUUGUUGUAUUUUCUCGUUGUAUGGUGUUUAUAUAGUCCUUUUCGUUACCGUGUGGCUUCUGAUAUAACUGACAACAUGGAUAUUGUACAAUAUUGAGUACUUGUCUGUCAUGAAUAGACAGCUUAGACAGUAUCA